AUGAAUUAAUGUGAAGAUAUAAUUGUGAAAUGUCCUAAUCCAGAACAUACUAAGAAUGUUAAAUAAGUAUGUUUUGAUGAGUCUUGUAAAGAAUAGAGAUUAUAUUGUCAUGAAUGUAUUAAAAUUGGAAUGCAUGUUACUCAUCAUUAACAUUAAGAAGAGUUGCCAUUCCUAUUUGAACAUAUUUCAAGAAUUGAAAAAGAAUCUGAUGAUUUAAUAAAUAGAAUCAAUAAAUAAAUGGAUUUGAUUUACAAUGACUUCUUUUUAUUAAUUGGAGGAAUUAGAUCUAAAUAUCAGAUAUCUAAAUAAUAAUUACUCACUUUAAAUUUUCAAUAAAUUAAUUCUUUCUUAACUUAGAGUAUCCAUUUCAAAUAAUUUAAAUUAACUAUGGAAAAAUUGUUAUAACAAUUCAUAAAGGAAUUUUAAGAUAAAAUAAAGAAAUUACAGCAUGAUUUAAAUUUAUCUGCAUUAGAUUAUUAUCAAAUAUCUAAAAAAAAUAUCGAAAAAUCAGAAGAAUUGUAUAAAAAGGGUAAUUACAUUAAUGAUUUAGGAUAUAAAUUAUAUUGGGAUGAAGACAAAUAUGAGGAGGCUAUUAACAUAUUUGAUUAAGCAUUGAAUUUUAAUUCAAAACAUUAAUUAUCAUUAUUUUGUAAAGGUAUGAUUAAAUUUGAAUGUAUUAGCUGAUAGUUUAAGGAUGCUUGGUUAAUAUAAUGAAGCUAUCAUUUGGGCAGAUAAAGCUUUGUAAGUAGAUCCAAAGCAUUGUAAUUCAUUAUUUACUAAAGGUAUGAUUAAAUUUGAAUGUAUUAGCUGAUAGUUUAAGGAUGCUUGGUUAAUAUGAUGAAGCUAUCAUUUGGGUAGAUAAAGCUUUGUAAGUAGAUCCAAAGCAUUGUAAUUCAUUAUUUACUAAAGGUAUGAUUAAAUUUGAAUGUAUUAGCUGAGAGUUUAAAGAUGCUUGGUUAAUAUAAUGAAGCUAUCAAUUGGGCAGAUAAAGCUUUGUAAGUAGAUCCAAAGCAUUGUUAUUCAUUACAUACCAAAGGUAUGAUUAAAUUUGAAUGUAUUAGCUGAGAGUUUAAGG